GAACUUCAGAGAUUGUCGUAGGCGGGGCUAGAUCGAGGAGACCAGAGCGUCCUGCAUUGUUUGUUUCGUUUGUUCUUUCAAGCUUCCACUCCCAUGUGAUUUCGUCACAGCUCGUGCGCCUUGCGCGGAGCGUUACAUUAACACAUCGCUGUAAUGAGCAUGCGUCACGGACCCCUCUACAAUCGUGCUGAAAUGAACAGACCUGCGGUGCUCGCGCUGUUCGAUUAAUAAGUGGAGGCAAUUCUUCGAUUUUAUUUUCCUCACUGAUGCUAACGGCACGUCGUGCGAUGUAGUAGGAGUGCGCGUCAAUCGUUGGAUGGAGUGUGCGGCCGUCGGGUGGAGCAGAGCGUCGAAGUAUGAGCCGGAGCUCCCGAGCUCGUGUCCAUGAACGAUGGAAGAUCCCGACCGUGCGGACCAUUCGCCAGUAGGCUUAGAAGGUUACAGCGACCACACGGCAGGAUGCCACCACCGGGGCUCCGAGGCAGCUGACCGACUCGCUGACGGCCUGGCCGCCGGCGAAGAUGCGGACCACGAUUUCUGGAAAGUUUCUGACGAACUGCUUGCGGCUCAUCUCAAGAAGACACUGAGUCUGAGCCGCCGCGAUGCGGCUCCCAACGGGUGCUCCGUCGUGGGUGUCGGGCCGUCGGACAAGCUCAACGGUGUCGUGCACUGGCACAGCGACGACGGCGAGAGCCCGCCGCAAUCAACCUUUCAACGACCUCCUAGCCCGUCCAGUGAUUUUCGGUUGGCCGGCGUCAGCGACGGUGUGCGCGCGCCGCCGAGCCCGUGUGCCGACGGUGGCGGCGAAGGCAUCGCGUACGUUGCGUACGAGUCCGAACGGCAGAUGCCAGACAUUAUGCGCCUGUUUCAGAAGGACCUCUCCGAACCUUACUCCAUAUACACGUACCGGUACUUCAUACACAAUUGGCCACGAUUGUGCUUUCUGGCGAUGGACGGUGAAGCGUGUGUCGGUGCCAUUGUUUGCAAGUUGGAUGUUCACAAGAAGUUGGUCAAGCGAGGCUACAUUGCAAUGCUGGCCGUAGACUCCAAGUACCGCAAGAGGAAGAUAGGUUCUACACUGGUGCUAAAGGCGAUACGGGCCAUGAUAAGCGAUGAUGCUGACGAAGUGGUGCUCGAGACGGAGAUAACCAACAAGCCGGCACUUAGGUUGUACGAGAACCUGGGCUUCGUGCGUGACAAGCGGCUCUUCCGAUACUACCUGAAUGGGGUUGAUGCCCUGAGGCUCAAGCUCUGGCUGCUAUGAUGAUGUGCAAGUGGUGUGGCAAUGGCAGCGACGUCCAGGCAAGAACUGACGAAGGGUGAAGAAGACUGCUCUGAGAGCCGCCUCGUGCAGAACUGACCGCUUCUUCACCGUCUCGUUUACUGAAGUUAGGGUGGCCAUUAUCUUCCUUCACACUCUUUUGUUUCCUCUUCUGCUCCCUCUUUAGCUUCACGCUCCCGAAUGGGCCAGCUGCCAAAUGCUUCCAUUCAGUGGAUUUUUUCCACUGACCGAGAAAUCGACAAAGCCAGCCAAUUCCAGAAUCGUGUGCGCCGAGUCAAGUUUUUUUCUUCUACAUGUGGGUAGAGCAUUCUCGUUUACAUGAGGUUUAGCAAGUGUCCAGCACCAAAAGAAUUACCUUUUUUUUUUUUUUUUUCUGCAUGUGGGAAACCUGUUUAUCCAGGCAAAUCAAGUAUUGAGCGAAACCUGUUUAUCAAGGCAAAACAAGUAUUGAGCAGCCUGGUUUCCUACGAGUGCUGGCUGCUCGACUGCUGCUUGGUGCAGAACUGUGCUAUAGGAAACAAGAUUGCUGUGACAGUGGGUUCCUUAUUUCAAGAAAAAUUGUGGGUUUUAUCUUUCCUUUCAUGACCAAGUAUCAGUGAACAGGUUGGUGCAGCAAGGCUUCAACACUUGCGUGCGCUCAGCGAAUGUUUUUCUAUUGUCUGUUCUUUCCAGCAGUUCUGAGCGAAUCGUGUUUUGUUAAUUGAGCAUGCAUCUGAUUUUGUUUUACGCACUGAAAGUUGGCUGGAAGAUAUCAUGCAUUAAUAUAAGGACAACAUAAUUGCUUCAGGCCAUUUGGCAAUUUCAUUGCGACACUUGCACAGUGAUCAUUCUAUUCCGACUGGGUUGGUGUGUGGGAUUGACUGUGGUUACAUCGAUGGUAAGGGACAUCACCGAUUCCUUGCUUUGUUGAAGCAGUUCCAAUUGUUUCACCGGUGUUAGCUUGGCUGAUGCUGUAGAAACAUUGGUGGAGAGCCGUUUGGUGGGAUGCUGAUGGCUAAGGCACGAUGCAACUUGGCAUGUGGACACUCAAUUUUGUUCUUUUCAGUGCAGACUGUUAAUUAGGCAAGAAAUGUUUUUGAAGGAAACCUGCUACAUUUUGCAGUGAAACCUUGUCAAGAAGACUGCUGAGGAGUCUCUUCAUUCUGCACUAUGCUCUAGUUUGACUUAGGCAUAAUGGACUGAUAUGCUCACAACUUCGGAUUCUUUUUUUGCUUGACUGGAAGCUCUGCAUAGAGGAUAGGAAAGUGUAUCGUGUGGUCGAUUAGCAUUUCAGUGAAAGGGUGGAAGUAGCUAUCGUUGAAGGCCGUUAUAGAAGCGUAUGACUUGAAAAUUGUCGCCUGUUGCUAAAAGGAGCUUUCCUUUUUUUUUAGCUUGAAAGAGACCUUACCCUCUACUUCAGUGCGCAUUCUAUUUGGCAUACUUUGCACGCAUGUGAUCGCCGAGGUCACUACCGACUACACUAGGCAGUUCUUGUUUGUUUAUUUUUUUUCCCUUCAGUCUUCAUUUUAUGCCUGCACUGCAGCAGAACAUUGUGUAAAAAAGCAAGCCGCCGCACUUGCCAAGAAAGCGUUUUCUG